CCGGAUUAUAAAUUUAGGGUUCGAUUUAGCUUUCAUUUAUAAGUUCAAGGUUUGUUUUGGACUUUUUACUGCCUGGCCCAGGAGGCGAAGCACGCGGGCCGUGCCCAGUUCUGCUCCGGCGUUUGGAUUAAAGAAAAUAAAAGGCGUUUCUUAUCCCGUCGAGUGUUCCACGGCGGCGUGCCUCCAUCCCCUCCGGCCUCUCACCCCGACCCCGGCGGCACCGGCGGCCUCCAAGUUCCGGCCGGUGUCGGAGACGAGACGGCCUAUAGAUAUAGAUGGAGGAGAGGGCGGAGGAGAUCGAUCUGAGCAAGCCGAGGCUGCGCGCGAUGGGGAAAAAGCUACCCCCUUCUACUCCGACGGCGGGAAGGCGGCGCAAAGGUCCCUCCUUGGUCCCCCUCUCCGCCUGCAAGCGCCGGCGGACCCCUGAGGCAAGCGGCUGGGCUUCCCUCCCCACCGAUGUAGUUCACCUCGUCACCAGCCGCCUGCUGGCCGGCGACGUGGUGGACUACAUCGUCUUCCGGGCCGUCUGCUCCGGCUGGCGCAGCUGCACGAGCGACGCCCGCGACCCCACCCUGAGCAGACCGGACCUCUGGCUGCGCGGCUGGGUCGCCCUCUGCGACGGCGACGGGGUACGCCCGGACGACGCCGGCGAGAUCGGCUUCUUCCACACGCGGACAGCCAGGCGCCUCCGCGUCCGCCUACCGGAGCUCCGGCGCCACAGGAUCAUCGGUUUAACCCAGGGACUGAUCAUUCUUCUGAACAAACGCACCGCCGCCGUCCGGGUGCUGCAUCCCUUCACGCGGGUCGUGGUCGACCUCCCGUCCCUCGUCCCCGUGUUCCACGACGCUGUCAGGAACCGGAACUCUGUGCUUGACAUGAAUGCCGCGGUCUGCAGCGCGUCCGCGACCUCCAUUGCCGUGGUGGCAUGGUUCCCGUGGACACAUGUGCUGAUCGGCGCCGAGGCUGGCCGCCCAACUUGGGAGGUCCUCCACCGAGGGCUCUUCCUUAAAAGCAUCUUGCCCUUCCAAGGAAGGCUUUACGCGACGGUCGCCAUGGGUGGCUCAAGGAAGAUCAUGCAGCUGUACCCGAGAUCACCACAUCCUGUGCUUGCUCGUGUUCCAAAUGAUUUUGGUGAUCAGGGGCUAUGUGGCUACUUCCUCGUGGAGUCCGGUGGGCAGGUGCUGCUUGCCGUCCACCAUUUAACUGCACAACAUUGUGGCGCGGAGCCCUUUCAGCAACAUGCCUAUAAGCUAUUUGCGUUGGACAUCGACCGCGGUGAGCUGAUCCCAGUGAACUGCCUCGGUGGCCACGCGCUGUUCCUCAGCAGGGACCGGUCCCUCUCUGUUUCAGCCAGGGACCUCCCUUCUGUGAACAGCAACUCCAUUUACUUCUCUUUGCACCGUGACCCUGUUGUGGUGCACUCCGUAAGGACAGGUUUCUCUGAGCGGCUAGCAGUGUCAUGCCAAAUACAUGACGGGAAGGAUAGGAUCCGACCCUCCGUGCGCCCUUUCACCAUUGCUGACCAUCUUCUAACCUACUGCCAUCCUCAUGAGUGGACAAAAGGACUCAUGUUUCACGAGUACCACUCUAUACCUGAAUCUUUCGAGGAAUUGAGGAAGAACAUCAAGGCAAAAGAUUCUAAACUACGGAUUCCCCGCGUUGCAGUUUGUUGAUCCGAAGGAGGAAACAGAGUCACAGCACCUCACACUAGCCAUUGAAUAGUGAAGGUAUAAAUAAUGCCAAUAGACAGUUGAUGCAUAAUUCCCUUGCUCGCUCAGUUGGGAUCUUUGUCUGGCUAGGUCAAUUCCUUGGUGGGUCCCGGCGCAUUGUGCAUGAUCUUUUGAUUUUUUUAGCCAGCAGUUUGUCUAUGCUAUGCAUAUAUAGUGGUGGUUCUCGACGAUAUCCAGUUGUGCCUGCAAAAGCAUUCAGGCCAUGUUUGUCUCGCCAGCAUGGGCUUGUCACGACGGCGGGAAGGCUCAUCCCCAUUAAGACAGUUAAAGCUGCGAAGCUGAUUCAUCACCUGCUGGUCACUGAGGCGCCGGCAUGGGUAUUGGGAUCAAUGGAGAAGUGGGAGAGAGCCUUCUUUUGGGCAGGUACUGAUGAAAUCAAUGGCGGCAAAUGCCUUGUGACGUGGAGCAAAGUCGUUCAGCCAACCUGCGGUGGGGGACUAGGAAUUGAAACCUAAGGCUCCAGGGGCUUGCGCUUCGUGUGAGCUUGGGAGUGGCUGCGUUGUACUGACCCUGGAAAACCAUGGCAGGGAUUGCAAAUAUUUGGAGACGUUUCUGCAAGGCUCGUAUUUCAGUCAGGUUUGCAUUACAGUUGUGGGGUGGCAGGCACAUCUUAUUUUGGAGAGAUUGCUCGAUCAAUGGUUAUUCUGUUGCUGAGUUUUCGCCGCUAGUUCUGGAGUUCAUUCGGCUGCCCUGGUCUGUUGCUGGAAUUCAUUCGGCCAGCUUUGUGUACCGUUUGCUUACUAUCUUCACCGGUGCUGACUGCACAUGGAGAUGCUGGGCACCCUUAACCUGCAAGAUAAUUGCCUGGCUAGCGUAUACAAUAUCAGCUUUGGACCUGAAUGGGACAACUUCUGAUUAGCCGAACCAUACCUACCAAUGUAGGAACAGUGGCCAUGUUAUCAGCAUUUAUGGUCUUAUUUUGAUGUUUUUAAACUGUAUAUAUGUGGUUAUAUGAUUCAACCACUACAUGGUGAGUGCAAAUAAGUACUCUAUGUAACUUAUCAUAAUAUACACAGAUUUACUCUUGAUCA